CAAGAUUAUAUUCAAUACGACGAAUCAAAAUUACUUGUCACUUGUGACAUGAGUUUUGUUUAAAUACAGUUCGUUCAAGAAAUGAAAAUGAAUCUAAAUAUAUUACUAAGGAUACUUAUUGUUUGAUUAAUAUCUGGCAAAAACAGGACAUGUUUGUCAAUUGCAUGCCUGGAAAAUGGAGUGAGAAAACAAAUAUGAUAUCAAUGAAAGUAAUAAUUAAAAAUGUUAUCUGCUUAUGCCAGGUUUAUUGUUCGCUACUCUUACUUUUUCCUUUUUAUUAUAAUAGUAAUAUCGACAGUCCUGACAGCCAUUCCACUAUUAUGUCACGAGAUACCAUCCUUUUCCGAUCCAGUGGUCGGUUUUGAAACAAGAGGGACUACAUUAGCGCACCGAUUUAUUGCUUGGGAAAAUCUUAAUGAUGAAACACGACCCUCUAAAAGGCUAGCAGUUAAUCCUAAGGAAAUAGAAGAUCAAAUACGAAUGAAUGAAACAUACAACAAGAAAAAACAGGAUAAAUCAAGAUCUGGCAAAAAACAUCCCAAAAAAAAACACAGAAAGAAGUUGCACAACAACACUGGAUUUGCGAAAACAUUGUUUAAUUCGCCAGAGUUUAAUGCUAGCAAGGGCCAUGUCCAUUGGGGCUAUGGUAAAAAUGUUUCCUUUGAAGAUGAAAAUACAGUUUUUCUUAAAGAUCACACAAGGAAUCAAUGGAAAUCUAUACUUAAAAUGCAGCAAUCUUCUGGAAAUGUAGUAUUUCAUAAUUAUGCCUCUGGUGUGUGUGGGGCACCUGUUGCUGAUUAUGCACAUUUGGUGGUGUCUUCUACAGAUGGAAAAUCAAUGCUCUCUUUCGAAAAUGUUAAAAGAAUGUGUCAAUUGCAGUCCCUGCUCAUUGAAAUGGGUGAAGAAGAGUUCUACAACUUAUGCCAACGACCAUUACAUUCAGAAGAACUCUGCUGUCCUACAUGGAGUGUGCCAAAUUAUAUAGCUUUAAUAUCUGGUAAGGAUUCAUGUGAAAAUAUUACAAAAAGCGAUGUUGAAAAUGUUGUGAAUAUUUUAUUAAAAUGUGCAAGUUACUUUCAUAACUUUACUUUGAUGGCGUCAUGCGAAUUAGGUAGAUGCAGGGUACCAAGCUACUGUUCACAGUACGAUGCUGUAUAUAACUUACUAUUUUAUAUUAUAGACUCUAAAGCAUUUUCUCCCCCAACAUUCUCGGAAACAUUUGUCGAGAAUGUUAUGAUUUUUCUUCCACUACCCAGCAGUGGCACAACCCUACCUUACUACAUGAAGCUAAAAAAUUUUGGUUGGUCCUAUGAAACUCUUGUGGUGCCCGCAAUUGACUUUGGUUUAAAAAAUGCUUUAUUUGACCUGUGGAUAAUAGAAGACACUUGGCUAAUGGGCCUUGGAGGCCUUUUUGUAUUCAUUUGCAUUUGGAUUUAUACCAAAUCUCUACUUCUCACUAUCUUGCUGUUUACCGCAAUCACAUACUCCCUUGGAGUUGCAUAUUUUCUUUAUGUAUACGUCUUUAACUUGGAAUUUUUUCCAUUUAUGAAUUUAUUAGUGAUAGUCGUUGUGAUUGGUAUUGGGGCUGAUGAUGCUUUCCUAUAUGUAAAAGUUUGGAAUAUGAUCAGCAAGCAGCUUAUUAAAGAUAAUAUUGUGUGUGACAAUGAUGAUUUAGAAAAUAUAAAAAAUGUAUCCAGUGCUGGCGAGACUAUUCUUGUGCAAAUACUAUCGGAAACUUUAAAGCACUCCAUUCUUGCAAUAUUCAUCACAACCUUGACAACUGCUAUUGCAUUUUACGCUUCAUACAUCAGUUACAUUCCUGCGAUUAAUUGUUUCAGUGUUUUUGCUGGGACGGCAGUAUUAGUCAACUUUUUUCUUAUGGUCACUUGGCUGCCAGUAUCAGUAUAUAUAUUAGAUGUAAAAUUAUGUAUUAAUAGAUGGACAUUGUUAGGUGCAAUUAGUGAUGCUGUUAAUGAGAUUGGUGAGGAUAUCAAAGUUAUAUUAAAUAGAUUUAUAAUAACUUGUAUAAUGAGAUUGCACAUAUAUUUAGUAGUGAUUCUGGGUGCUAUAGGAAUUGGCAGUAUUGUAGUCGUUUUUUACUAUCCGGGACUUCAACUUCCAGACUCUAAACAGUUUCAGUUGUUUCAAUCUUCACAUCCUUUUGAACAAUAUGAUAUUCACUACAAAGAAAAGUUUUUAUUCGAAAGAUUCGGCCGCAACACAGAGAUCGGUGCUAAAAUGCCUCUCAGAUGGGUUUGGGGUGUCCAGGCUGUUGACAAUGGAGAUCACAUGAAUCCCUUCUCAAAAGGAGAACUCGUUUUUGACACAAGUUUCAAUAUUUCAAAUCCAAAUUCACAAAAAUGGCUGUUAGAGUUCUGUACUAAAAUAAAAAGGCAGCCGUUUUAUCAGCAAACUUUGGGACCUCUUUUGCCAAAUUGCUUUAUUGAAAGUUUCAAAGCGUAUAUGAGUAGGAGGUGCAUAGAUAAUAUCGACAAGAUUAACAGAUCGCCAUGCUGCGAAUCAUCCCGAUUUCCUUACGAUACAGAAGUUUUUAACUUUUGCAUCAUAAAAGCUAUGGAGUCCUUAUACCAAACACCCCGCGAAUUGUUUAUGCCUGGAGUCGCCGGUCCUAAAUUCUUGAGACGUUCAAAUCCCCCCACCAUUGCCGCAGUGGUCGUCGAGUUUGAAAGUGUCGUACCUUAUUCGAUGUCAUAUAAGGAGAUGGAUGAUUUUUAUCUUCAAGUCGAGAACUGGACGGUUCAAGAAUUGAAAAAUGCUCCCGAGGGGAUGAAGCAUGGAUGGUUUCUAUCUGACCUUCAAUUCUAUGACUUACAAAACACCUUAGCAAGUGGUACUGUGGUAGCUCUACUGUUGUCAGCUGGUUUAGGCUUUAUGGUACUUGUUCCGUCAACGUUCAGUUUUAUAGUCAGCUCCUGUGCUCUAUUGGCCAUGAUAUUUUCGUCGACCGUUACAAUAGCCAUAUUAGUAUUAAACGAUUGGAAGUUGAAUAUAUUAGAAAGUAUAGCAAUAUCGACAUCAGCAGGGUUAGCUGUAGAUUUUAGUCUGCAUUAUGCAUUAAGUUAUACAAACUCUAAUGGACCUAAAUCCACAAGAGUUAAAUUCGCUCUUUCGGCAUCAUCAGGACCUACCGCAGCGGCUGCUCUCACAACAGGUUUCGCUGGCAUAUUUUUAAUACUUUCGAAUCUUCUCCCCUAUUCACAAAUAGGGACGUUCCUUGCAUUAAUAAUGUCAGUCAGUUGGAUUUAUUCGACAUUUUUUCUAUGUUCUCUAUUGUAUUUGUUCGGGAGGAAUUCCGCUAAAGAAACGCCUGCCGAUGAAACCAAAUCCAUUUCACGUGUAAGUUCAAUAUGUUCUGCUGUGCCGAACUUAGAGAGUCACGAGUUAGAACAUUUAGCAGACAGCAAUCGCACAAAUAUUACACACUCCCAUAGUACUUGCGUUAGUGCAACGACAGUGGUCAUCCACGAUGACGCUGAGAACGCGCUGGAGAAAGCUGAGAAGAAACCUAGCGUUGAUAUAAUUAACGACUGAAUGUUUAGGCUUAGUACAUUGUUAAGAGCUACGGCUCAUUUUUAAGUAUUACUCGUAAUUUGUCAGUAUUAACAGGUAUUUUUUGGACAGCUGUAUUGUUUUUUAAUCUGUAACUUUAUUAUCUCGUUAAAACUUCAGUAUUUUAGAAUAUCGAUUAGAUCUGUUGAGACAAAGUUUUUAUAAUGUUCAUUGUGACAAUAACUAGUUCAUACACGACAAUAUAAGACGUGAACGAGCUUUGGAACCUUGAUUUUUUUUGCCUACUUUUAAGUUAACAUUUAAUUAAGUCUUUGAGAAUACUUUAUAUUUUUUUCCUUUAUGUUCAUAUGAAAAUAUGCAGUGAACACAUUACAGUGAAAUUUAUCAGAGAAAUACAGAUUUCGCUUGUGAAAUUUUACGGUAAACAAGGUUUAUCCUUAUUUGAUGUUUAUAUUAUGUUGUAUACCUAGCAGUUGUAACACUGUAAUUAAUGUUAAAAAUAUAAAUAACAAAUUUGUAAACAUUUAAAGUGUGUUUCUUAAAAAUAUAAAUUUUGAUGAAUGUUUAACAAAAAAUUACGAAGAUCUGUCUUUAAAGUGUUUUACGUUCUUUAAAUACUUAAUUAAUGUUAGCAACCGUAGUUUAAGUUAUAAGUGUAUGUGUAAUUAUAAGAAAAUAAAAUGUUAUUUUAUAAAAA